AUGACAACAUUGACGUGUAAAGUGCAAUACCUUAAUGAUACCGACCCGUUCGGCGCCUGUACUCAGUUCCCGGAGCCCUCCCGUCCACCACUUUAUACAUUCAAUGUGAACAUACCAUUGAUUAAUCAAAUCGCAACUAUUCAUCGCUUAUUAAAAGCCCCGCACAGAACUUCGUGUUUAGACCAUAAAAGCACAAACCGAUCCAAAUAUUUAGACGACUGUGCGCUUCAACUAUACAAAUACGGCACUGAAAACAAUGACUUCGCUAACUAUCUGGACCUCGAGGCCACCAUCGAUGAGCAGUCCGAUGAGUUCGACUCCUUCACUCUCAAGUAA